AUGGCGCCCCUAGUAUUAAGUUGUAUGUUUAUUGGAUUAAUAAUACAUAUACAUUGUUAUAAUUUUGGAUAUAGAAAUAGUUAUACCUGUCAUUGUUUAUAUAAUGAAAGAUGUGAUGAUGUAACUAGUGUUUGUUGUAACGAAUGUUAUAAUGUUAUAUUUACAGGUUAUAAUUUUGGAUAUAGAAAUAGUUAUACCUGUCAUUGUUUAUAUAAUGAAAGAUGUGAUACUGUAACUAGUGUUUGUUGUAACGAAUGUUAUAAUGUUAUAUUUACAGGUUAUAAUUUUGGAUAUAGAAAUAGUUAUACCUGUCAUUGUUUAGAUAAUGAAAGAUGUGAUGAUGUAACUAGUGUUUGUUGUAAUGAAUAUUAUAAUGUUAUAUUUACAGGUUAUAAUUUUGGACAUAGAAAUAGUUAUACCUGUCAUUGUUUAUAUAAUGAAAGAUGUGAUACUGUAACUAGUGUUUGUUGUAACGAAUGUUAUAAUGUUAUAUUUACAGGUUAUAAUUUUGGACAUAGAAAUAGUUAUACCUGUCAUUGUUUAUAUAAUGAAAGAUGUGAUACUGUAACUAGUGUUUGUUGUAACGAAUGUUAUAAUGUUAUAUUUACAGGUUAUAAUUUUGGACAUAGAAAUAGUUAUACCUGUCAUUGUUUAUAUAAUGAAAGAUGUGAUACUGUAACUAGUGUUUGUUGUAACGAAUGUUAUAAUGUUAUAUUUACAGGUUAUAAUUUUGGAUAUAGAAAUAGUUAUACCUGUCAUUGUCACAAUAAUAAAAGCUGUGAUGCUGUAACUGGUCUUUGCUAUAGUGGUUGUUUGAGAGGCUGGGGUGGACCUUCUUGUCAACAAGGUUAUAAUUUUGGAUAUAACAAUAGUUAUACCUGUCAUUGUUUAUAUAAUAAAAGAUGUGAUACUGUAACUAGUGUUUGUUAUAGUGAAUAUUAUAUUGUUAUAUAUUUAGGUUAUAAUUUUGGAUAUAACAAUGGUUAUACCUGUCAUUGUUUAUAUAACGAAAGAUGUGAUACUACAACUAGUGUUUGUUAUAACGAAUAUUAUAUUGUUAUAUUUACAGGUUACAAUAUUUUGGAUAUAACAAUAGUUAUACCUGUCAUUGUUUAUAUAAUGAAAGUUUGUGCUACAGGAACGUAUGGUUCAGAAUGUAAUAAUUUCUGUCAUUGUUUGAACUAUGAUAAAUGUGAUGUUAUAACUGGUCAAUGUCCUAAUGGAUGUCAGACAGAAUGGUAUGGAGGUAGCUGUAAUACUAGACAAUGUACUGAUGGUUGUCAACCCGGUUAUAAAGGAUAUGAUUGUAUAUUGAGUUGUCCAAAUGGUGCCUAUGGAGAUAAAUGUAGUAAACUAUGUAACAAUAGGCAUUGUAAAAGAUCACAAGAAUGUCAUCAUAUAACAGGACAAUGUACUGAUGGUUGUCAACCAGGUUAUAGAGGAUAUGAUUGUAUAUUGAAAUGUGAUGAAGGAUUCUAUGGGUAUAAUUGUUCAUCAAAUUGUUCAGCAAGAUUUUGUCAAUCAGAAGAUCAGUGUAAUAAUAUAGAUGGAGCAUGUGAUUGUCAGGAUGGAUAUCAAGGAACUGAUUGUACUGUUAUUAAAGAAGACUCUAAAGAUGGAGAUGGAAGUAUAGUUUGUGCUACAGGAACGUAUGGUUCAGAAUGUAAUAAUUUCUGUCAUUGUUUGAACUAUGAUAAAUGUGAUGAUGUUAUAACUGGUCAAUGUCCUAAUGGAUGUCAGACAGGAUGGUAUGGAGGUAGCUGUAAUACUAGUUGUCAAAGUGGUAAAUAUGGAGAUAGAUGUAAUCAACGAUGUAACAAGAGACAUUGUAAAGGAUCACAACACUGUCAUCAUAUAACAGGACAAUGUACUGAUGGUUGUAAACCCGGUUAUAUAGGAGAUGAUUGUAUAUUGAGUUGUCCAAAUGGUGCCUAUGGAGAUAAUGAUGAUUGUACAUUGAGUUGUCAAAGUGGUAAAUAUGGAGAUAUAUGUAAUCAACGAUGUAACAAGAGACAUUGUAAAGGAUCACAAGAAUGUCAUCAUAUAACAGGACAAUGUACAGAUGGUUGUAAACCAGGUUAUAGAGGAAAUGAUUGUAUAAAAAAAUGCCAGAAUGGUGCCUAUGGAGAUAUAUGUAGUAAAGGAUGUGACAAUAGGCAGUGUAAAGGAUCACAAGACUGUCAUCAUAUAACUGGAAAUUGUACUGAUGGUUGUAAACCAGGUUAUAGAGGAAAUGACUGUAUAAAAAAAUGCCAGAAACGUGCCUAUGGAGAUAUAUGUAGUAAAGGAUGUGACAAUAGGCAGUGUAAAGGAUCACAAGACUGUCAUCAUAUAACUGGAAAUUGUACUGAUGGUUGUAAACCAGGUUAUAGAGGAAAUGACUGUAUAAAAAGAACGUAUGGUUCAGAAUGUAAUAAUUUCUGUCAUUGUUUGAACUAUGAUAAAUGUGAUGUUAUAACUGGUCAAUGUCCUAAUGGAUGUCAGACAGAAUGGUAUGGAGGUAGCUGUAAUACUAGACAAUGUACUGAUGGUUGUCAACCCGGUUAUAAAGGAUAUGAUUGUAUAUUGAGUUGUCCAAAUGGUGCCUAUGGAGAUAAAUGUAGUAAACUAUGUAACAAUAGGCAUUGUAAAAGAUCACAAGAAUGUCAUCAUAUAACAGGACAAUGUACUGAUGGUUGUCAACCAGGUUGUCAAAGUGGUAAAUAUGGAGAUAGAUGUAAUCAACGAUGUAACAAGAGACAUUGUAAAAGAUCACAAGAAUGUCAUCAUAUAACAGGACAAUGUACAGAUGGUUGUAAACCAGGUUAUAGAGGAAAUGAUUGUAUAAAAAAAUGCCAGAAUGGUGCCUAUGGAGAUAUGUGUAGUAAAGGAUGUGACAAUAGGCAGUGUAAAGGAUCACAACACUGUCCUCAUAUAACAGGGAAAUGUUAUAAUCGCUGUACGCCAGAAUGUCCUGAUGGUUUCUAUGGUGCUGGUUGUCAGAAGAAUUGUAAUAUCAGAAAAUGUCUGAAGAAUUCAAUGUGUGAUCAUGUGACAGGAGAAUGUAUUGGUGGAUGUUCUGUGGGUUAUAGUCCAACAAUUCUAGAUUGUACUCAAGCUUGUACGAAGGGAACAUAUGGUGAUCAAUGUUUAGAAAAUUGUUCAGAAAGAAAUUGUUUAGUAAAAACAUCACCAUGUAAUAAUAUUAAUGGUAGUUGUGAAGGCAGUUGUAAAGAUGGUUAUAUUUCAGUUGACUGUAAACAAGAAGGAUGUGCGACUGGUUUGUAUGGAAGAGGCUGCAGUAAGAAAUGUUCAGAUAGAAAAUGUAAUGAUAAUUUAAACUGUAACAGUAAAACAGGAGAAUGUAUUGAUGGAUGUCAACCAGGUUUUCAGUCAAUUGAUUGUUCCUAUGACUCUAGAAAUCCUGUGAACAUCUCAAAUCAAUCUUCACCCGUCUACUAUAACACAACUUCCGGAGUCGCAAUAGAUGAAUCUCAACAAUAA